AUGCCCCAACGAAUUGAGGCUGUUCUGAAGGUGCGGUACUGGAGGCUUUACCUGUUGACGAUGGUAUUGGGAAUUGGGGGAUCAUUUCAAUUGGGGAUGCAAGUUUCCAUCAUGGCUUCUCCAGCUGAGCACAUCCAGAGAUUUGUGAACCAGACCUGGCUGAGGAGGUAUGAGGUUCCAGUAAGCGAUUCAACCAACAUGCUCAUCUGGUCUUUCAUAGUGUCUGUGUUCAGCCUGGGAGGAUGGGUCGGGGCUAUACACAGUGGCAGCCUCCCUGUCACCUACGGCAGGAAGAAAGUCCUGCUGUUCAACAACAUAGUGGCCCUCGUAGCCGCUGUACUGAUGGUCUUCAGUCCCAUGGCCAAGUCCUUUGAGAUGAUCCUGCUGGGCAGAUUUCUCUAUGGAUAUAAUGCUGGCCUGGGGUGGAACGUGCAACUGAUGUAUCUGGGUGAGAGUUCACCCAAGAAGCUAAGAGGAUUCCUGACCAUCACCAUCACCAUCUUCAGUAGCCUGGGGAAAGUCACGGGUCAGAUUGUUGGAAUCAAGGAGCUGAUGGGUACCGAAGACAUGUGGCCCUGGCUCAUGGCCCUUGGUGGCCUCCCUGCCAUCCUCCAAUUUGUGAUCUUGCUGUUCUUCCCUGAGGCUCCCCGCUACCUAUACAUCGACAAGGGAGACACUGAGGGCUGCAGAAAAGCCCUGCACUGGCUGUGGCAGGAGCAUGACCUGCAGAUGGAGAUGGAUGAAAUGGGGAAGGAGAGAGCGAGCAUGCAGGGCCAGAAUGUUAAGACCAUUUGGGAUGUGCUGACUUCUCGCUGUGUCAGGUGGCAGCUGCUGGUUCUGGUCAUCCCCUGUGCCGGCGUUCAGUUCUGUGGGUUUAACGCGAUUUAUUUCUACGCUUUCGACAUCUUCGGUGAAGCUGGAGUAGCAGAGGACAAGAUGCAUUACCUGUCCAUUGGCAUCGGAACAACAGAUCUCAUCACCAUCAUUCUCUGUUCUCUGUUGAUCGACCGCGCGGGCAGGAAGGUGCUGAUGGGCUAUGGCUACCUGUUGAUGGGAGUCAUCAUGUCCAUCCUGAUUGUUAUGCUGUCUAUCAAGGACCUGUACUCAUGGGUCCCGUAUGCUAACAUCGCCCUCAUCUUCUCUGUCAUCUGCGUUUAUGGACUAGGACCUUCUGGAAUAGCCAGCAUCCUCCCUGCAGAUAUCUUCCUGCAGGCCUGGAGACCGUCCGCUUACGUCAUUAGCGGCUCCAUCAACUGGUUAAGCCUGUUCUUGAUUGGAAUGUUCUUCCCCUUCCUAGUGGAUGGACUGGGUCAGUACUGCUUCCUGAUCUUUGUAGCAUACUGCCUCUUCAGCGCAGUGUUUGUACUCUACUUCAUACCAGAGACCAAAGGCAAGGGCAUGGUGGAGAUCAUGGAGGACUUUAACAAACUCAACUACAAGAACAGGGGAACAGAUAUGGAAAAGGCUGACUUUGUUAUGGCAACGAAAUUUUAA